GCUCACUGACUGGUUCUUGUCAGAGGAGGAGCAUCAUCCUGCUACUUUCUGCUUCACUCUGCUCCAGAGGUGAGAAUAUCAUGGAGACUAAAACCGCUGCUCAUCUUUGUAGGACAAGCUUGAAGCGUCUGUGAGGACAACUGCCAAAAUGGAGAAUCCGAGUCCAUCGCACGGCAACAGCAGCCAAAGCGGCCUCUCAUCCGGGAGCCUGUACUCCACGGUGGAGAUCGUCAUCAUCACCAUCGUGGCCGGAUCCCUCAGCCUGAUCACUGUCGUGGGGAACAUCUUGGUCAUGCUCUCCAUAAAGGUAAACAGGAACCUGCAGACCGUCAACAACUACUUCUUGUUCAGCCUGGCCUGUGCAGACCUCAUUAUCGGCGUCUGCUCCAUGAACCUGUACACCGUCUAUAUUGUGAUCGGCUACUGGCCUCUGGGACCAGUGGUGUGUGACCUUUGGUUGGCGGUGGACUACGUUGUCAGCAACGCCUCAGUCAUGAACCUGCUCAUCAUUAGCUUUGACCGCUACUUCUGCGUCACCAAGCCGCUCAGCUACCCGACACGCCGCAGCACCAAAAUGGCAGGACUGAUGAUCGCAGCUGCCUGGGUGUUGUCCUUCAUCCUCUGGGCUCCGGCCAUCUUGUUCUGGCAGUUCAUCGUGGGCGUAAGGACCGUUCCUCCGGGAGAGUGCUACAUCCAAUUCUUCUCCAACCCUGUGGUGACUUUUGGGACGGCCAUUGCAGCGUUUUACCUGCCGGUGGCCAUCAUGAUCUACCUCUACUGGCGCAUCUCCAAGGCCAGCCGCAGUCGUGUGAGGAGGAACAGCAGGAAGUCCUCUGGGAUCAGUGCCGGAGAGGUUCCUUCUCACAGUCAAGACGACCCAUGUGAGAACAACUGCCUCAGAGCCACGGCAGAGAAGCAGGAGGUGGCAAAUGGCAAGCAGAAGCAAACACUGCAGCAGCAGAAUGGAAGUCCUCCCCGCAAGGAUCCGGAGCAGGCGGAGGAACUGGCAGACACCAUCCAUGCUUCAACCUCCAAGGACACUGAGCUGUCCGCCUCAUCACAGAAGGCAUCGAACGAGAAGAGAAACGAGACCUCGCCUCCAUCCCCGACUACUUCGGCUGCUGAUAGGCAAAGUUUGGUCUCCAAGAAUUUGUUCAAGGUGACGAAGCAGACUGCAGUGGCAAAGUGGAAAAGGAAGGGAGCAUCUUCCAGGGAGAAGAAAGUAACACGCACCAUCAUGGCCAUCCUGGUUGCCUUCGUGGUCACAUGGACUCCAUACAAUGUGAUGGUCCUGAUCAACACCUUCUGCUCCGAGUGCAUUCCAAACACACUUUGGACCAUCGGCUACUGGCUCUGCUACAUCAACAGCACCAUCAACCCGGCCUGCUACGCUCUCUGCAACACUACUUUUAAAAACACCUUCAAACAUCUGCUCCUGUGCCAGUACAAGAACAUACGCUCCGCGCGGUGAAACACAGCCCACUCCCACUGCACAUGCGGUAUAUCUUUAAAACAACGACAGUAAAACUGAUGUAAAUAUAUUUCUUUGUGAAAUGAACAAUAUAAAAACUUAUUGUGAUCUAGUGCUUAAACUUGUUGUGAUCUUUGCCCUCUUAAAAUGUUCUGUAGAAUCUAUUACCAAGAUUUUCUGAUGUCCAUGAUGAAAGUAUGCAAUGUAGAAGUCUGUGUUUUUGUCCCCGUUUAUGAAAUAUUGUCUCAAUGGGAAGACGCAGUGGCAGAAA